GAAGACACAUAUCAAAACAUCAACAUUGCUCUGUUUGUGCCUGUCAAAUUCCUCGAAAUCAACCCGGAAAGUUGAGCAGAUGCUUCAUUCGGAAAGACCUUUCCGUUGUCGAAACGUUGAAGGGUGACACUGACAAACAUUGAAUGAGGUCAACAGUUUAAGGUUCAAGAUGCAACUGGUGGCUGAACACCUGCCGGUAGCUUGAGAUAAAGAGGAAGUUACGAAAUCAUCUUUUUACUGGCGACUAGGACUGUGAAAAAUGGCUGAAUAUGCAACUUAUGUGGACUGUCUUGUAAAAGGGUUCCACGCAGCAUGUUGCCUUGGUAACUAUGUCUGUGAUGGAGUAAGCACUCUGCUACAUCUCAAUUACCUGAUGGUCUCCAGCGUGUUUGGGGCGGUUACUUACUCAGUGGCGGCUGUGAAGACCUUAUUAUGGUCUGUAGCUGUUGCAGCAGUAGAUAUAUUACACAUGAGUAUGGAAAUCUGGAAGGAGUUAGUGAACAUUGCCGGUGUGACGUUUAAUGCAGGUGCUGGCUUUGGACGCUACCUGGUGUUGGGUAUGGGUACAUCGGUAAAAUGGAUUGGAAAAACAUUACUACCUUGGAUAUGGAAUGGACUGAUAAAACUGAGUUUGGCUGUGUGGAAAGGUUGUCUGUUUUGCUGGAAUGCCAUCGCCUCGACAUUUUGUUCAGCUGCUGUAGCCGUUUCUGAUACUGUCCAAGUCUGUAGCAAAAUGGGUGGAGAUGCAGUUGUGACUGUCGCAGAGGGAACUAUUGAAAAUCUCCGCAACAUGAUAUCCGCAUUUAAUUUCUUUUGCAACACUGCCAUGACAUACUGCCUAGAGAUUUGGGUCACUGUAGUUAUCUUAGUUUCACAAAUUUAUGAAACGCUCAUAAAAAAAAUCAUCACUUUUAAAGACUUCAUUGUGACUCGUUCUCUAGAUUUGUGGUCAAAACUACCAAGUAUUUCAUCUGAUGUGUAUGUACUUGUAAGCUUGGGUAUUUUGACCUACUUUGUGUCCAUUUUAGUCUUCAGGCAUUUAGAUUCCAGAGGUUUUACAUUCCCAUCUUGGCGGCAGCAACAUCGUAACUUAGGAAACAUUUUGGAGGAGUCCGAUGCAGAAAAUCUUGGAGACGAUGAUGAUGAUGACACUGGUAUCAGUGAUUCUGAUGGUCAUGCAUCUGACAGUGAUCACGAAUCGGUAGCGGGUAGUGUCGGGUCUCAUGUAAGCGUUGCAUCAAAUCAUUCUCAUCACUCAAAUAUUUCUAAUGGGCGGUACAACUUACGCCAAAUAUCGCUGCCAUUAGAGACAACAGAUGCUUUAAACCGAGCAUUAGAACAAGAGCGAGAUCGUCGUCGCUGCGUUGUCUGUCAGGACCAGGCUAAGAACGUCUUAUUAUUGCCAUGUAGACAUAUGUGUAUGUGUGGUCCAUGCGCUCAGACAAUAACAAGAACUGCCCUGAUUUAUCGGCGAAUCUGUCCACUUUGUCGUGCACCAAUUGAAGCCAUCAUGAGCGUAUUUGUUUAAGAUAUCCACACCAAAACAGAUACAAAGGAGUUGCCUAUUAUCAUGGUUAAAAGGGAUUUCGCACACCAACGAUUCAGCCUACUUUUACAUUUUCUUGGGCGGUGAAAAUGAACCGUCUUUUUUCCUAUUUAUAAGUCUGGGGCAGAUCAGUACGCUAGAUAAUAGGCCUGCUGAACAUGUGGACAAUAGGGUCCGCAAUAGGGUUCCAUUCAGUAACUUGCGUAUGACUUGAUGAUGCUUUGAUAUCUGCUGAGGGGCAGGAAGGGCAUUGUAUUUGUUGUAGGAAAUACGCUUUAAGGUUGGCAGUUUCUAGAGACUUGAGCAAAAAAGGAUCAUGUUUUGGCUUCACGUCGAUUUAAAAUGCAAUGAAAACAACUCGGUAGUAAGUUUUAGGCUACAUGCAAGACUCCGAAAAUUAUUCAACCUGAUUGUUGUACUGAAAUUCACAAUAAAUUAGGCAUUAAAAUUGUUGUUUUCGCUUCAAGUUUACAUGUUGGUCCAUAUCUAAUCAUAGAAAAUUUUGUGCGUAAAUUAUUGAUGGUCUUAUAAACAAUUGAUGGAUCGUUUUGUUGAAGUUCAAUUCAGAUUGUGUGCCAUUGUGAUAGGGACCUCCACUGUAGCACAACCAUGGCAUUUUGUAGAGUAUAUGUAGAACAAUAAAUGCGUCCCGAGUGUAUCCUUC